CCGAUAUUUAAAGACCCAUCUCUUCACGGUUUCGUUUCAGAAUGCGGCACCUCAUUAUCCAGAACUGUUUAAUAUUAAGAAUAGCUCAUAACGAAAUAUCAUCAUGAAGGAAGCCAUCGUCGCAAAUGGCCCGAAGGUCACAAUCCAGGACUCGCCUAUCCCGGAGCCGAAGCCAGAUGAAGUUGUCAUCAAGGUCGUAGUCAGUGGAUCGAACCCGAAGGAUUGGAAGGUGUCGAACUGGUGGCCCGACAAGGUGCUGAACCAGGGAGAUGACAUUGCAGGCAUCGUUCACAAGGUUGGCGAUGCUGUCUAUGAGUUUAAGCCUGGAGACCGAGUGGCAGCAUUCCACGAAAUGAUGACCCCAGGCGGAUCAUACGCCGAGUACGCCGUGGCUCCUGCGCAUACCACCUUCCACAUCCCGAAGGAAACGAGCUUUGAAGCCGCCGCCGCCAUCCCCCUCGCCUACAUGACCGCCGCCCUAGGUCUCUUUAUCCAGCUCGGCCUCCCAGAGCCCUGGCGCCCCGCCACCUCACCUACUCCCUUGGUAGUCUAUGGCGCCGCCUCAGCAGUGGGCUCUUACGCCAUUCAGCUCGCCAUCCAAGCUAACAUCCACCCGCUCAUCUGCGUAGCGGGAAAGUCGACGGCACACGUGGAAUCCCUCAUCGACCGUUCCAAGGGCGAUACCAUCGUGGACUAUCGCGAAGGCGCCGAAGCGCUCGUUGAGGGCAUCAAGAAAGCAGUACCUACCGGCAUUCAGCUCCUGUAUGCCUAUGACGCCGUUUCUGAAAAGGGAAGUUAUGUUACCCUGGGCAAAGUUCUCGACAAAGGGGGCAAGCUUACACUUGUGCUGCCGGCCCAGGAUUCGGCGGGUAUUGCCGAGCAUGUCGAGAUUUCAAAUACGAAGGUAAGCUCGGUGCAUGCCGAGGAUAAGGACUUUGGACAUGUGUAUUUCCGUUAUGUGGCGAGGGGCCUGCAGGAGGGUUGGUUUAAGCCGCAGCCGCAGGAGGUGAUUCCGGGAGGACUCGAGGGGAUUCAGAAGGCGUUGGAGAAUCUUAAGGAGGGAAGGGCGAAUGCAGUUAAGUACGUGUUUAGGAUUGGGGAGACGCCUGGGUUGAGUGGUUAAGGGUGAUUAGAAAUGCGGUCGUUAUAUGUAAGAGUCACUCACUCGGUCUGAUAUUAAGGUGUUGAGAUGACUUUAGUGUCCAUGAAUCGUCGAAACUCUUGAUAUUCACCCUCGACUCUUCCUAGACAUGAUACGAAGUGCUCUGUCAAGCCUUGCACCAUCACAGAUCGGUCGUUGAACAUGCGACAACAUGCAAAUAUUGUACUGUACUAGGUAUUGACCAUAAUUCUUAUACAGGAUAUACUUUGUAUAUUGUUUCUACUGUCCCUAAGCAGGCGAGAACUAGUUGUCUAAAUCAAGGUAUAAC